GGGCGGCGCAGCCGCAGCCUUGGUGCUGGAGCGGGAGGGAGGCAGGCAGAGGAGGAAGAAGGGAGGCGGGUGGGCAGAACAAGCCAGGGAGCGAGCGAGCGAGCGAGCUGAGAAGGUGCCGGGGUUGGUCCAGCUUAGGGGAAGCGGGAACCCGAGUGCGGCUGAGCGCUGGGGGCCCCUGUGGUCGUCGUCGUCGGCGGCUGAGGUUGAGGAGGAACAGUGGGCGCAGACGACUUUGGCGUUGGUGCCUGGGGGCGGGGGUGGGGGGUGGGAGGGAGGGAAGGAAGGAAGAAGGGGGGUCAGAGGCAGCGGCGGCCGCUGCUGCUGUUGCUGCUGCGGCGCUACGCUCCUGCUCGCCUGCUCCCGCUCCCGUUCCGCCGGCCUCGGGGCUCCGGCUUGCUCCUCCCCGGCGCCCCGCGCCCCCCUGGCCCCCGGGGCCUCGCUCCCCGCCCCCCGCGGUAUGUCGUGAUCCCGAGCGGCGGCGGCGGCGGGUUUCAUGGGGCUCCUCAGGAUUAUGAUGCCGCCCAAGUUGCAGCUGUUGGCGGUGGUGGCCUUCGCCGUGGCGAUGCUCUUUCUGGAGAACCAGAUCCAGAAGCUGGAGGAGUCCCGCUCCAAGCUAGAAAGGGCUAUUGCAAGGCAUGAAGUGCGCGAAAUUGAACAGCGGCAUACGAUGGAUGGUCCUCGGCCAGAUGCAGCUUUGGAUGAAGAGGAAGACAUGGUGAUCAUUUAUAACAGAGUCCCUAAAACGGCAAGCACUUCCUUUACCAACAUCGCCUAUGACCUGUGUGCAAAGAAUAAAUACCACGUCCUCCACAUCAACACCACCAAGAAUAACCCGGUGAUGUCCCUGCAAGACCAGGUGCGCUUUGUAAAGAACAUAACCUCCUGGAAAGAAAUGAAACCAGGAUUUUAUCAUGGACAUGUAUCUUACUUGGAUUUUGCAAAAUUUGGUGUUAAAAAGAAACCAAUUUACAUAAACGUCAUAAGAGAUCCCAUAGAAAGGCUAGUUUCUUACUAUUACUUUCUACGAUUUGGAGAUGAUUAUAGACCAGGGUUACGGAGAAGAAAACAAGGAGACAAAAAGACUUUUGAUGAAUGUGUGGCUGAGGGAGGCUCAGACUGUGCCCCGGAGAAACUCUGGCUUCAAAUCCCAUUCUUCUGCGGCCACAGCUCGGAAUGCUGGAAUGUGGGAAGCAGAUGGGCGAUGGAUCAGGCCAAAUAUAACCUGAUUAAUGAGUACUUUCUGGUGGGUGUCACUGAAGAGCUGGAGGACUUCAUCAUGCUCCUGGAGGCUGCACUGCCGCGCUUCUUCAGGGGGGCCACAGAACUCUACCGAACAGUAGGAAAGAAAUCUCAUCUUAGGAAAACCACAGAGAAGAAGCUUCCCACCAAACAAACCAUCGCCAAGUUGCAACAGUCUGACAUCUGGAAAAUGGAGAAUGAGUUCUAUGAAUUUGCAUUGGAACAGUUCCAGUUCAUCCGAGCCCACGCUGUUCGGGAAAAAGAUGGGGACUUGUAUAUCCUUUCACAGAACUUUUUCUAUGAAAAGAUUUACCCCAAAUCGAACUAAGAACACGUGUUCCUACUCGAUCCCAUGGACUCAAAUUUUGACCACAUACAUCUCCUCCUCGGUUCUUGGCUCCAAAAUCCAGAUUGUUGGCAAGCCUAUGAGAUGCUUUAUUGUUGAGCUGAGAUUGGGCUGCGAUGGACAUCAAUUAAAAAAGCAAGUAGACUGGAGAUAUCAGCCUUCCAAGAAGCUCCAGCUUCAGGUCUCUUCUUCAACUCAACCUCUGGGUUGGGGUGACAGCCUCCUGUCUAAAGAAAACUACAUAUUUGUUUACCAAAAUUAACACAGCAGAGUUCUAGUUGAUGGUCAGAUUUCAGAGUCUUCUACACUGUUUUUGAUUCUCAAAGCAAUUGUCCUUGACCAAGACACCCAUAAAGAAGAAGCUGUUUGUCUCCCUCACCUUCCCAUGGAGAUUUGGACUGUACAGUCUAAUGAAUAGUGUUACUGACUGGGUGGCCUCUUGUCCUUUGUUUUUGUGAAUGCCGUCAACUCGGAAUGUCCAAUAACGUUUGCUGAGAAAUAUGGCUGCUGCUAUUGGAUUUGCCCACAUUUAUAUAGGUUUUAAUAGAAAGAGAAUAUCCAAUCGUGAGUGUUAAGAUUAAAUUAAACCCAAUAAUGUAAGCAGAUAGAGAAUCAAAGCAGUAUUUCUUCCGCAUCUCCUUACCAACCCUGGUUGGGAAAACUCAUCAAAGAAAGAUGUUGUUUUAGUUCAGACUUAUACAUUGAUGCUAAAAACAACUUCAUCAUUAUUCCUCCCCAAAUGAUUUCUAACGGAUAUAUGGGCAGUUCCAUAUUAUAACUCCAUUAGUGAGCUGUGGUAUGGUUGGGAUUUUCCUACUACUUCUAUACUUUUACCUGUAGAAUAUUUUUACUAAGGUGCUUUAUAACGUGUUUUAAAGCAUUGCAUUUACAAAGGAGUCAAAUGCUGUAAAUAUUGCAUAUUUUAUGUAUUUGGACCAAAAGGAUAUGAGUAACUAGUUUCAAGUGAUUUUGCACCAAUUUUGUUAUGUCAAGUGAAAUCAUCCCAUCCGCUGUUCUCUUUCUCAUUUGGGUUAACUAACUGUUGGACAUAACUGAAAUGCACUUCAAUAACUUUGAAUGUUACUACAGAAAGCACCAGGCAGGUCAGGUGGAAGCGGGUGGUCAUCGUGGAAAGAGCCUUGGACUCCAGAGUCAGAGGACAUGAGUUCUAGUCCUGACUCCUCAAGACUAGCUGUGUGGCCCUAGGCUUGUUCUCUACUUAGACUCCAGGGGCCUCCAUUUUCUCCUCUGUAAAGCGUGGACAAAAAGACCUUCCCUCCUUACCUCAUAGAGCUGUGCUGAGCGCUUCGGAACUCGUCAAACACUAUGGAACCAUAAGUCAUUAUAAAAAUUAUUUUUGCAAAGACUUUCUGAACCAUGAAAUAGUUCAUCAUUCAUCCUCUAUCACGUGGGGCAAACAGGGAGAAGAUUCCACCUGGAAGCCCUUUGGAAGAACUACACGGAACUCGGGAGUGAUUCCUGCUGGAGAGAAUUCUUCUCUCGGCAUCACGCACUUCGUGUUUCAGCAGCCAUCGAAAUGUGAAAUCUCCUGGUGGACUCUGAAGCCUUUAAAGGUUCACACGCAGCUGUUUGGAGUCAGGACGUGCCCAGUUUAAACAGAAACAUGGUUAGCGGAUUGCAUGGGGGGAAAAUGAAACAAACUUUGUCAUCUGCAAUGUGAAAGAUUUUCCAGUUUUGUUGUACAUUCAUAAUCAAUGCAUAUUUUUCUAUUUACUGUUUCUAAAAUAUGUAUUGCUGAAUUUGUCUUCCCUAUUCUCCAUUUACUCUCUCCCUUCUCAGAAAAUGAGCCUUCUGAUAAAAUGUUACAAGUAAACAUGGCUAAGGAAUGCCUCACUCCAUCAUAUGAAAACAUUCUGAAUGUCGUCCUAAAGAAUAUUUUUACCUGUCAAGAAAAGGGUAUUAUAACCAGUACAAAAUUUACAAAGACAUUUGAAGGAAAAAUGGGAGGAAUAUUUUUCAAAAAAAAACAUUUCAAAUUUUUAAAAAUCACAUCAGAACACGGAGAAGACAUUGGAUCUAGGGGUACAUGGUGUACUUUGACUACUCUUGUUUUCCGUUUAUUUCUGGGCAGGAGAUGUGGCAUACAAGUUGUAUCCUUGGCCACAGCCAAAAAAAAAAUCCGUGUCUCGCCCCAAGAAAAGCCUCAUCUCUAACAGGAACGGAUCUAAGGUGCAGCUGUCACAUAGUUUACAAAAAUGCUAGCCGCACUCUUCAUGUGUGCAGCGCCUAGCAAGAGGGUAAGCCGAGGGCGUCCAGGGGUACGUCGACUCUCACAGGUUAACUGUGGCUCCCCUGAGAACCCUAGAAAAGAAACAGCAUAAUUAACUUGUCCUCUCUGGGGUGGCCAAGAGUUUACAUGCCCUCCAAAGGCCUCGACUCCCAUCUAAAGGGGAGCUUCCAGACCCAAAAGAUUGUUGUCACUAUUUCACCAACUUUGAUGAUUGGGUUGCAUCCAAGCUAGUCCUUUUCUUUUCCCUGAUCUAAUACACAGUUUUCGAAAGGAUGGCAUUUAUGGUAUCAUAUGUCUGGGGUGACUUCGGCAUGGUCCUGCCAGGAGUCGGGCGGGGUGGACUCCAUGACAUCUCAUGGUCCAAGCCAGCCCAUUUCUGCAAAUGCUGCAGAUUCCUUAUGAUUCCAAAGCAAGGGAAUGAGAUUUGUAAUAAAUUCAAUACCCUCAACUGCUGAAACAAUAAUGUAUUUUUUUAAAGUGGCAAAUGUGGGUUUUUUCCAGCCUCUGCUCUUUGUCAGUAUUUUUGACCAUAAGGAAAUACUUUUUUUAAUAUAUAAAAGUGAAUUAACCACUUUGCAUUUUAAAAGACAAUGUUAUAUGUUAUGUAUAUAUGUGUCUGUAUAUAAGUCUAUAUACAUAUAUAGGUUUAUUUCCUAGGAGAGGAAAAGAUAUCUUUUUGUUCAAUUGUUUUAACUCCUAUUUUCUAAUUGCUCCAAAAUGACAACUGUCAAUACAUUUAUGUGACUGUUUUCAGCUCUUAAUGGGGGAGGAGGGUGUCAAAUGGAUUUUGCUUAGCUUUAAUGUGUAAAAUAUCCCUUUACCUGAUAAUAAAAAUUAGGGAGAAUGCACAAGGGUUACUUUAUAAUCACCUAUGUGCAUGAAUGCGAUUUAGAAAAUUUUGGAAGCUUCUGAGUUCUUGAUCACCAGAUUUAAUCUAAUGAAAAAAAAAUCAGAACUUUUAAAGGAUCAGCUUUAUAUAUUUUAGUUGUUUUAUUUUCAUUUCUUAUUCUUCAGUUAAAUCUUUUUGCCUUUUGAAAUUCAUAAUUCUUUUGUCAUCUUAUUCUCUCUGUUGCUCUUGCCCUCUUUUUUUUUUUUUUUUUUUUUUUUUGCAAAACAGCUUUGGGCAUGAGAGAAGUUAAAUAAACAGGUGAUUGCUAAGACAGAUGCUUGUUAUUUGAACUUUCAUUUAAAUUUUCCAUUAAUGAAAUCUCUAGGACUAAACUAGGCUCCCUAUUUGUUGUAUUCUGAAUGAAAACUCCAUACCUUGUGUCUUCGAGAAGCAUCUCACAGGCCCAUUUCAUGAGACGCUCCUGCCUUUAUGCUAGGAAACUUUUCAUCUUUAGGAAAUAGUGCUAUGUCAGGGCAUGGAGCCGUUGCUAGGAUUUUUUAUUUUUUAUUUUUGGGUAUCAAUCUCCCCGGUAUUAAAAAUGUUUUGUGUGUGAUGCUGGCUACGGUGCCUCAUGGAGUCUGCUGAAAUGGCCUCUUAUUUCCAAUGCACUGCCAACCUCGCUCCCUCUAAGCGGAGCGCCCGACUACUGCCCCGUGGCUCGGAGGGACGCUGAACGGGACCUCGGGCUGGCGGGACAGACAGAAAGUCUUCCACCUGCAGCCCGUGCGGUUGGGUGACAUCCACAGCCCUGUUUAUAAAACGAGCCCUCUUGGUCAAAAUUCCCUCCCCUCCGGCCCAUUACCGACCCGAUCCUUGGGCAUCCGUGCUGCUGUCGCCCCGAUUCCUCGGUAGUAUUUCCCUGCCUCUGAGCGCCUCGAGCAGCCGCGAAUGUAACUUUGAGAAACAUGGAUUGUGCUUGACGACUUUGAUUUCCGAAUAGAGACAGCUGAAUAGUGCCUUUUCCCCUCACAAUCCAUGUGGUCAGAUGCCCCCUCCUCCCUCGCCUCGGCCCCUCCCCUCCUCGCCAUGGAUUCAUUGGGCAAUCCCUCGUCCUCCUCCCGCCGCCAGCAUUCUGUUGUUGAAGUGUUUGGGUUUGAUUUCCUGAUGCAAAUGCUCUGAAAAUAAACAUCCAGUGGGAAGGGAAAA